CUCCGACCACCGCGCUGGUAACUCCGCCGCCGCCGCCGUCUCCCCGGCCCCGCGGUAAAAUCCGAGAGGGAGGGAGGUGGAGAGAGAGUGUGGUGGCCUCCUUGCGCCACCACCACUAGUGCAGUGGUGGAAGUAGCGCCACUUCUGUAACCACUUCUCCGCCUCUCCUCGUGUUCCACUUCCUCUCCCUCCUCCACGCGCGCUGCUGCUGCUAGUGCUGUACGUUGCCACCUCCGCGGUUGCUCUCGUCUUCCGGCGCAGGUGCAGGUGGGGUGAGGCUGGGACUGGGAGGAAGAUGACGGCGACGCCGGCGGUGAUCGGGCUCAGCGCGGGGAACAGGCUGCUCAGCACAUCGUUCGGCCCGUCCGACCUGAUGGCGGACAAGGUGAGCCUCAGCGUCGGAGGAGGAGGGGGAGGCGGGGACGCGCUGCCGUUCGCGCCGCCGGCGCCCGCGACGCCCAAGCUCACCGUCGCCGCGCACAGGCUCAAGCUCUCCCCGCACGGCCGCGCGCAGGUCAUGCGCGCGCUCAGGCACCACUCCUCCGCGCCGGCUCUGUUGUCACCGCCCCCUCCUCCUCCCCCUCCGCCGCUUUCCUCCUCCUCCUCCUCCCCCUCGCGCGACGCCGCCGACCUCGAGUCCUCCCUCGAGUCCAUCCUGCUCCUGCAGAGGUCCAUGCUCGAGAAGCAGUGGGAGCUUCCCUUCGAGGACGAAGACCACGCCUCCGACGACGGCGGCGGCGACAAACACGCCAUGGCCAUCGGCUUGGCCGAGGACGAAAUCAAGGAGGACAAGGUCACCGUCGUCGUGGCGCGGUCCACUCUCUCGGCGCGGCAGAGGAGGAUGAGCGGCCGGAGGCGGGGGAGGCCCAAGAACGGCGCGGCGCACUUCGCCGUCAGCCCCGAGCUGAUGCAGAGCAGGAACAGGAUCUACCUCAGGGGCACCGUCAGCAAGGAGCUCCUCACGCACAAGCAGGUCGUCCACCUCUCCAACAAGAUCAAGGAUGGCAUCUGGCUGCAGCAGCAAAGAUCAAAGCUGAAAGAAAAGCUGGGGAAUGAGCCAUCAUACAAGCAGCUGGCACAUUCACUGAAGAUAUCACCUCCUGAACUACGUUCAAGGAUGCGCGAGUCGUUUCUCGCAAGGGAGAUGCUAACAAUGAGCAACAUUCGUUUGGUCAUCUCCAUUGCACAGAAGUAUGAUAACCUUGGUGUCGAGUUGGCUGACCUGAUUCAGGGAGGUCUGAUAGGGUUACUCCGUGGGAUCGAAAAGUUUGAUGCAUCGAGGGGCUUUAGAAUCUCCACUUAUGUAUACUGGUGGAUACGCCAGGGUGUUUCAAGAGCAUUAGCUGAAAACUCAAAAACAUUCAGGCUUCCAACUUAUCUGCAUGAGCGGCUAAUUGCUAUUCGUAGUGCAAAGUAUGCGUUGGAAGAUCAAGGAAUUGCUCCAACAAUAGAAAACAUCGCAGAGUCGCUCAACAUAUCUGAAAAGAAAGUACACAAUGCUACAGGGGCCGUGAACAAGGUUCUAUCAUUGGAUCAACAGGCAUUUCCUUCCUUGAACGGUUUACCUGGAGAGACACUGCACAGCUACAUAGAGGAUCAAAAUGUAGCAAAUGAUCCAUGGUAUGGAUUUGAGGAGCAGUAUCUCAAGGAAGAAGUCAACAAGCUUUUAAACUCAACACUCAACGAGCGUGAGAGGGACAUUAUCCGGUUAUAUCACGGCAUAGGAAAACAGUGCCAUACAUGGGAGGAUAUUAGCAGACAGUUUGGUUUGUCGAGGGAGAGGGUGAGGCAACUAGGACUUAUUGCGAUGGAGAAGCUGAAGCACGCUGCGAGGAGGAAAAAUAUGGAUGCAUUGCUUGAGGAUUAUUGAGUUGAGGCUCUUUUUGUUUGAGUCAGACCCACAAACGCAGUGGUUGUAUAUAAUCGGAAAACAUAGGGUUCAUCAUUGAAGAAAAGGCGUACUGCCACUUACCUGAAAAUAAUUAUACGUGUACAUUUUGUGACAAUAGGCAUGCAUGAUCAAAAUCUCUUAUGCCUGUGUUAUGACCAAGGCAAUCAGGAAACAGAGAGAUGAUCUUUUUCCUUCAAGUUUUACAAUUACUCUGUAAUGUAUAUGUAAGUAUGAUUUAGCUUGAUCAAUAGAGCAAUAUUUAAAAUUCUGAA